CAGGUCGGAGCAUAAAAGCACACAUGCGAGUUGAGCAUUCAAAUUUUCCCAGUAUACAAGUAUAGAAGUGAAGAAGCGCGCUCGCUCCUGUACAUCAAUUCUUUCGUCCACUAGGCUGUAUUACAAGAAAAUCGAACAACGGAAGAUAAAAGUACAGGGUAGCGGAUAUCGUUUUUGAGACUGCGUUGGAAAUCUCUGGAAAGAUUUCGAUUGACCAUGGCACAGAACAUAAAUCCGUUUUACUUGUCUCAAAGUACGUCUAACAAAUCCAAAGAGGAGAAGCAAACUGUACCGAAGGACAAUCACGCUGUGAGCAAACGACUGCAAAAGGAACUGAUGGUUCUGAUGACUGGUACGGAAAAAGGUGUAUCUGCUUUCCCGGAUGGUGAAAAUCUCUUCAAGUGGAUCGGUACCAUUUCAGGCCCCGUUGACACGGUUUAUGCCGGCUUAACGUACAGGCUGACACUGGAGUUUCCACACAGUUAUCCAUAUAGCGCGCCGAUAGUUCGGUUUGUCACACGUUGCUUUCAUCCGAACGUGGAUUCCAUUGGCAACAUUUGUUUGGACAUACUUAAAGACAAGUGGAGCGCGCUCUACGACGUUCGCACUAUAUUACUCUCCAUUCAAUCGCUGCUGGGAGAGCCCAACAACGAAAGUCCCCUCAACUUACAAGCUGCGGAAUUAUGGAACGAUCAGACGAAGUACAAAAAGCAUCUUUACGAAGAAUACCACAGAGAUUCGAGCCGCGGCCAGGAUUCAUGAUGAGCUUGAAUCAGAGUCUUCACGAUCGGGAAUUACGCACUGCCACUCGUCGAUAACACUGAAACAUUAUCCGAAUUACGAUUAAAAUGAAUGAAAAUUGCAACGCGAUCACGGGAUUGCCUUGUGUUUAAAAAUCGUUAAAAAAAGGGAAGGGGGGAGGGGGGGGGGCAGUCGUGAGUUGAGGAAUUCGUGAAAACCGUCGCGCCUCUUGGUGUAAAUUGUAAAAAAAAAUUGUAACGAAUGUGUUGGAGGAAGCGACGGGGGUAAUCGAAUCGCGGCGACUGUAAGUAUGAUUUGUUCAUCAUUCGUCGUUCAAUUUUCGGUUUGACGAUCGCACUACUCGAACGACCGAAAGAGUUCGGCAAGAGUCUAAUACGACGCAGGUUUUCAAUCCAUCGAUCCGCAAAAAUUCAAACCGAUCUCUUUAUUAUUAAUUCUUUUUGUUUUCUCUUUUCUUACAUCGAUUAUUUAUUUUAUUUCUAUGCCCGAUCCACGAGUCGAUAUGGAGAACGCAUCGAGACAUCCGCACACAAUUAUAUUCGCGUAUCUAAAUUCAGACUCAUCUUCAUUUCAUCAAGAUCACCCUCGUGUCAUUUUGAAAUACAUAUUUUACGAGUACACUCGGUUAAGAUUUUAUUGCCGUGAUGUACGGGCGAAUGUACCGGGAUUUCGGAAUAUACAAAAAUAAAGAGGAACAUUGGAAAGAAAAAUGAA